CUCGACGAUCCAUCCCCAAACCAAAUCCACUGAGUCCAAUCUCUAGGAUCGUCCUGCUCCUCUACAAGAUCGGGAUCGAGAGGAAAAGAGGCUGAGUUGGUUGUCUGCGCGGUCGGAUUCGACGGCACCAGACGAUCCAUCUGGGAUGUCGCCGCCGCUGCCGAGUCCGAAGCGCGCCCGGGUCGCCACGGCCCCUUGCGGCGCGGGCGCGCCGUGGGCAUCGCUGCCGGAGGAUCUGGUGCAGCUGAUCGGGUGGCGGGUGCUCUCCGGCGACCUGAUGGACUACGUCCGCUUCCGCGCCGUCUGCGCCCACUGGAGCCGGAGCGCCGCCCGCCCCGGCGGCCGGGGCCUCCUCGACCCGCGCUUCCACCCGCGCCGCUGGAUGAUGCUGCCCGAGGGCCACGGCCUCUACCCCGGCCACCCCGCGUUCGGCGGGCACGUGCGCUUCCUCAACCUCUCCACGGGCGCGCUCGCCCGCCUCCACCUCCCGCUCUUCCACGACCACGUCCUCCUCGGCUGCACCGACGGCCUCCUCCUGCUGCUGCGGCACCGCGACCCGGGGUACACCGCCGUCCGCCUCCUGCACCCCUUCACCGGCGACGUCGCCGAGCUCCCGCCGCUCUCGUCCCUCCUGCCCCAGAUGGAGCACUACGGCAACAUGACCGAGGAUCGCAAGCUCUGCACGCUCCGCGGCUUCCUCUCGGGAGUCAGCGCCGCCGUCACCGUUGGCCCCGCCGCCGCCGGGGCCAUCACCGUCGUGCUGGCGCUCGAAAUCAAACUGCUUGUGGCACACGCCACCACCGGCGACCAGCGGUGGACUCUCUUGGCCGGCAGGCUCCCGCGUCUGCUAGGACCAAUGGUGUCUUUCCAUGGCAACCUGUACGCGGUGACGCCCAAGUCUCCUCAAAGGAACAGCGUGUGCAUCUGGCAAAUUGAUCCGGAUGCCGCAGAGGGUCGGUCUCUUCUGCCACCGAGGAUCAUCGCCCACUGCCCGCUGGUUGCAACUCUAGGCGCAGUCCACCUGGUCGAAUGCGGCUCGGAGCUCAUGCUUGUUGGCUUCAAUGAUGCCAAACCUACAGACCUGGUUGUUUACAGAGUCGCCGACCUCAUCAGUGGAAGGGUCGUUCCCAUAACCAACAUUGGAGAGCAUGCUCUGUUCCUUGGGCAACGGCCCCUGUAUGCAUCACAGAACAAGGGGCUCCCUUCUGUUGUGGCUAACUCUAUCACCUGCAGGUAUAGAGUGACUAGAACAAUCCACUGAGGGGAGGACGUCCUUUGCCAAGGAGUACUGAACAGUACCAUAUAGGUACUGGCACCUGGUCUCCAGCUAUGGAUGGAGACAUUUCAUGCUGGAAUAGACCUCCGGCAAGCCCUUACAUGCUCAUCCAUCAUAGUUUUACCUGUUGCCACCACGGCUACUGGAGUAAAGGUCUCAUAUUCCACAAUAAAAUCAAGCCUGAUUGGUCAGUGAAGCCAAAUCUGUGGAUGUAUGGCAAGUCCUGAUUUCAACGCAGGCAGCUCAUCUCCCUUUUCUUUUGCUGUUGGUGCAGUGGCCAUCUAUUCCCAAGUCACAGACAUUGCAGUAAUUAAUUGUAGUGUUGCCGUGGCUUGUCUCUUUCAGGCCUAGAUGCUUGUUCUCAUCAAAUUUUACUAGUUUCUUUAAUUCUUGAACAUGCUGGCAGAAUGCUUUGCGAUGCCACAGACAACAGAACACUAGAUGCUCCAUAAACCUUUGACACCAAUUUUCCAACAUGUAUAUUUUGACUUCA